AGGAGGAAGAAAGAGAGGAGAAGAGAGAGACGGAGGGAGAAAGAGAGGAGCAGAGAGAGACGGAGGGAGAAAGAGAGGAGCAGAGAGAGACGGAGGAGGAAGGCCGAGGAGCAGCGCCGGAGCGAGCCUCGGGAAGCGCACCAUGAUGCCGGAACUCCGCUCCUGCCGCUACGAAACGCGCUACUCGGGCAGCCUCUCGCCCGACGCACGCCCGCACUCCGUCUCGCCCAGCUACCCCGCCCACACGCACGCCCACCCCCACGCCCACCACUACUCGCCCUCGCACGACCAUGCCCGCCCGUCGUCCGCCGACCUGGCCGCCCCCUUCCUGACGCAGCAGCACGCCCACCACACCCACCACUCCGACAAGUACGACAUCAAGUGCGAGGACGACUUCCUGGACGACGAGGACGACCCGCACGUGCCGCACGUCCUGGCGCCGGCCUCGCACGCCCCCGGACACGCGCACGCCCGCACGUGUCUGCUGUGGGCGUGCAAAGCGUGUAAGCGGAAGAGCGUGGCGGUCGACCGGCGGAAAGCGGCCACCAUGAGGGAGAGACGGAGGCUAAGAAAGGUGAACGAAGCCUUUGAGCUCCUGAAACGUCGCACCUGCAGCAAUCCCAACCAGAGGAUGCCGAAGGUGGAGAUCCUACGCAACGCCAUCGAGUACAUCGAGUCCUUGGAAGACCUCCUUCACGGCACCCCCUCCCCCGGCGGCGGUGGCGGGGGGGGGCAUGGGGGGAGGGGGAGACCACGACCUGCCUCCGGAUAA